GCUCUCUCCCAUCCCGUCCUCCUCUCCUAUUUCUCUCCAGUCGCCGCUUAGCCAAAACCCCCGAGAAAACCCUCGCGCCCCCCGCCCACCAUGCGCCGCCUACUCCGGCCGGCGAAAGCGGCGGCCUCCGUAGCCGCCGGGGCCGCGGUAUUGGCGUCGCUCGGCGAAGUCGCGUACGCGGAUAGCAUCUUCUCCUUCCGCCGCCAGCCCGCCGCUCCUCCUCCUCCUCCACCUCCAGAUGCCCCCGCCCCCGCCGCCGCCUCUUCCGGCUCCAGCGGGUUCGACCCCGAGGCGCUGGAGCGCGGGGCCCGCGCGCUGCGGCAGAUCAAUGGCUCCCGGUACGCCAAGCUGCUGUUUGGGCUGAUGCAGAGCCAGGAGGAGACGCGCCUCGCGGAGAUGGCUGCGGAGAAGGUCCACCACGAUAUCUACUGGAAAGUCAAGGAAAUCGAGGCGAAGCGGAAAAUGGGUGAAGAAUAUAGAGAAAAUUUGAAACAGCAAUCACAAAUUGAGGCACAAAGGUUACGCUACGAGGAUGAGUUAGCUAAGAAAAGCAAACAGGAAGAGCGUGAAGCUGAAAGACGACGGGACGCUGAACUUGUAAGGAUGCAAGAGAUUGGUGCCUUAAAAAGAGAACAAGCUAGGCGUGCCACAGAACAGAAGAUUUUAGAGCAAGAGCUACAGACUCUGAAAGAAAGGGCCAAAAAUGAUCGCGAGACAAACAAAGAGAAUGCUAUUUCUAAUGCUAAAGCUAAAGCUCAUGAAGCAAAGCUGACAGAAGAUUACGAAAGAAGAAUGCUUGUGGAACUCAUGAAUGGCGAAAAAGAGAAGUGGCUUGCUGCAAUAAACACCACCUUUCAACAUAUAGAAGGUGGGUUAAGAACAUUAUUGACUGAUAGGAGUAAGUUAGUAAUGGGUAUUGGAGGAGUCACUGCACUAGCUGCUGGAGUUUAUACUACUAGGGAAGGAGCCAGGGUUACAUGGGGUUACGUCAAUAGAAUUUUGGGUCAGCCUUCACUGAUUCGUGAAUCAUCAAUGCGAAAGUUUCCAUUGCCAGGUCUUAAGGCUCUUAAACCUAGCUCUGCAUCUCUGUCGGGAGGUGCGGCCUUUGAGAAUGUUAUUCUUCACCCUUCACUUAAACGGAGGAUUGAACAUCUUGCACGAGCAACUGCAAAUACGAAAUCUCAUGAUGCACCAUUCCGCAAUAUGUUGUUCUAUGGACAUCCUGGGACUGGCAAGACUUUAGUAGCCAGGGAAAUGGCUCGCAAAUCUGGCCUUGAUUAUGCAAUGAUGACAGGAGGAGAUGUUGCACCAUUAGGAUCAGAGGCUGUUACGAAGAUCCAUGAAAUCUUCGACUGGGCUAAGAAGUCCCAAAAAGGCAUGCUUCUUUUCAUUGAUGAGGCUGAUGCAUUCUUGUGCGAGCGUAACAGUACACAUAUGAGUGAAGCUCAGAGGAGUGCUCUCAAUGCACUAUUAUUUCGAACUGGUGACCAAUCAAGGGACAUUGUUCUUGUCCUUGCAACUAACCGACCGGGUGAUCUUGAUGCUGCUAUUACUGACCGAAUUGAUGAAGUUAUCGAGUUUCCCCUACCUGGGGAAGAGGAGCGGUUUCUGCUGCUCAAGUUAUACUUGAACAACUACAUGCUCAAGGACGAUGACAAGAGUUCUCCUUGGAGCACACUGCUGAAGAAGCAGCCGAAGAAGAUACAUGUACGGGACAUAAGUGAUGAUCUCCUCAGGGACGCUGCGCGCAAGAUUGAUGGCUUCUCCGGCAGAGAGAUUGCGAAGCUGAUGGCCAGUGUGCAGGCUGCUGUAUACGGGAGUCCUGACUGCAUAUUGAAUCCGCAGCUGUUCAGCGAGGUGGUUGAAUACAAGAUCGCCGAGCAUCAGCAGCGCAUGAAGCUUGCUUCCGAGGCUGCAGCUUGAGCGGUGUUGUAGAUUUACCUGGAGGUGGCAUUAUUCCGGAUUGAUUGAGGCAUGGCACUGAGAUAUAAUCUCCUCCCACCUACUUCUGAUAGCAGCCAUGGUUUCGAAUUACAGUAGAGACAGAAAAUCUUGUGUGUCACGGGUUGGUUCUGUCAAUUUUGUUGGAUGUGUGCUUGCCUGUGGCGAAUUUAGGUAGAGUAUGUCCUUCAGGCUUUCUAACAGGAUCUGAGAUAUAGCCUCGUCUAGGUUUCUUACCUGUUCAGUCGGCCUUCGUAAUAAUCUGUAAGCUUGUUUUACACACACUAUUAAAGACGAGGGGAUAAUAUUUCGGUGCUAAUUGUUAAAAUUGUGCAGUUGAACUGCCACGCUGUUUC